CUCAUCCCCCUCGCCUCGGGGACUACAAUCCGCAACCACUUCAACGCCAACUGCAAAGGCGGCCACCUAACAUGCCGCUCUAUCGGCCCUUCCACCUGUUGUGGCGGCACUCUACACGUGCCAGUAGACGGCGCACCCUCCGCCCUCUUCGUCUCGCUGCCCAAACAGGUGACCGUGAUAGGCUGGCACCCUAAGUCGUCUAACUCGCAGUGCGGGGAUGUUGCAAAGAAAGUUGCCACUUCCUCGCCCAACAAGUGUCUAGGCACGAAGGCAACUGCCGGUGGGAAGCAUUUUACUGGGACGAGUUGGACUACUGUAGAAGGGAUCGAAGGGGAGGCGCAGAAGUGUACCUCUACCAUCGAGCCCGAUGCACUUGUCCUGGAUGAUGGGCAUAUGUAUAAACUUCAGGCGAUGGAGGUGGGUGAUGUGAAUACACUGUUGGAAUUUGCGGUUAAUGGGACGUUAGCGGCCGAUUUGCCUGGGGUUUAUGGAAAGUACGAGAUCGAGAAGGAAGGGUUAGAGGGGAGGCUGCAGGAGAUGCAGGGUGAACCAGAGGAGUAA